AUGGAUCAGACGGGUUCUCCCUUGUUUAUUGCCCAGGAGACUCUCUGCUUUUAUCCAAUCAGUACAAUAUACAACUCAUGUCCACGAUAUCUCUUCUAUGCACUUCUGCUGGCAAUCUGUGUCACUCGAUGGACAGGAUGGGUUAUGAAUGCAUUCUUAGGAACUGCAGCUGCAUACGCAGGAACUGCGGCAAUUCAAACCUUUAUCAUGGUUUCUAGUUACCAAACGCCCCAAGACCCUGGACCUGUCACUAUUCCGUACCUGCCAGCUAACUCCAGCCUGCGAAACGAAUUUCCUUCUUUGGUCACCGAAACAGACCAAGUUAUUGUCUCGCCCGCAUCACUUGAGCUUGACUCGGAUGCUGUUCUUGCCAUCGUUGUCACUGGCUAUCUCGUCUUUCUGCCCCUCCAAUGCUGGUCCCGCAUCCUAACCCACGAUCGGGCACGAAACCUUCUAUUUUAUCUUUGGCACGCCCUCAUGUUAGCUGGCUCUAUAUGUGCCCUAGUCUAUGCCGCAAAAAUACCUAAAAAAAACCCCCAGUACAUGUUUUGCUUCCCUGAUCUCCCGCCUUUCAACGACACAUCAAAUGAUGGCUGGCAAGCCUCAUGGAGAACAUCUACAUGGAACGACAGUGUGUGGGAUACAUUUUCGAACAUAUCGCGGUGGAAUCAGCUAGGAGAUAUUUGCUUCAACCCUUGUUUCAAUUCAACACAAAUUCUACGAAAGCCAGAAUCAUUGCAUUCAGCUACCGCAGACGGAGACUUUGAAGUCGCUGGCGCCCAAAGCUUCUUGAAUAAGGUCCUUUACUCACAUCGAUACAUCUACAGUCUCAUCAUUCUCUGUCUAAUCCUAAAUUGCAUUCUUUUGACGUACCGAUUCCUACCUUACCGAUCACGGAUCCCAUCAGCGCAGAUCGUGGUCAUCUGGAAAGAACGAAAGACUAUUUGGAAAAGCUUCAAAGACGAAAUUUAUGGUACCCUGAAGCCACCAAGCAACCUGGAUGACAAUGAGGAUGACCCAGAACCAACAAACAAAAAGACCUCUGUCUGGCGCCGAAUGCGACACAUAUUCAGCCGGCGGUUCCUGAAGUCUUUUCUCCAUGUGCUUGUUGACGCCGCGAUUCUUUUUGGAAUACUCUUCAGCAUGAUAGUCAGUCCAUUCACCAUUGUUGCCUUUGUUGUUUGGAUAGAGAUCCAAAUCUCCAAUGACGGACCGUCAGAGGAGACUCCGAGCCAGGUUGGUCAGUGGGCGUAUCCUACGUCUCUAGCAUUUCUUGUGAUUUCAGCUGCGAUUUUGAAGCUCAAAUAUCGACUCGCUUCAUCGGUUGAGUUAGAACGUGAGAUUUCCGCGUUGAAACAACACCUGGGGGACUUGGAGAAAAUGAAGGAGGCCCGAUCGGGGUCUGAGUCUAUGACAGGUCAAACCAAGGAAAGCUAG